AUGGAUGUCAACAAUGAGAGUUAUGCGACAGACUUCAUCCUCCUGGGGUUUUCUGACAGGCCCCAAAUAGAGCGCAUCAUCUCCGUGGUUGUCGUCAUCUCCUACCUCGUGACUCUGGUGGGAAACUCAACCAUCAUCCUGGUCUCAUACCUGGACACCCAGCUCCACACUCCCAUGUAUUUCUUCCUCUCCAACCUGUCCCUCAUAGAUCUCUGUUAUACAACCAGCAUUGUCCCCCAGAUGCUGGCCAAUCUUUGGGGUCCCAAAAAGUCCAUUACAUAUGGUGGCUGUGUGCUCCAGUUCUUUUUUGCUCUGGACCUGGGAGCUACCGAAUGUCUCCUGCUGGCCAUGAUGGCCUAUGACCGCUAUGCUGCUGUCUGCCAACCUCUUCACUACACCGUCAUUAUGAACCCUCAACUCUGCCACAAGAUGGUGAUAACCUCUUGGCUGGGGGGCCUUGGGAGUGCCAUCAUUGUCUGCUCUUUGACCUUGAAAUUGCCCAGAUGUGGGCACCGGGAGGUGGAUAAUUUUUUCUGUGAGAUGCCAGCACUGGUCAAGAUGGCCUGUGUCUACUCCAGGGUCAUUGAGAUUGUGGUCUUCGCUCUUGGUGUGAUAUUUCUGCUGACUCCUCUCUCACUCAUCCUCAUCUCCUAUGGGGUGAUCACCCGUGCUGUAAUGAGGAUCAAGUCAGCAGCACGAUGGAAGAAAAUCCUCAAUACCUGUGGCUCCCACCUGACCGUGGUGACUCUUUUUUAUGGAACAGCCAUUGCCAUGUAUAUGAAACCUCAAAGUAAUCACACAUCCCAGGAUGAGGGGAAGUUCCUCACUCUCUUCUACACCAUCAUCACACCCAGUCUUAACCCUCUGAUCUACACGCUGAGAAACAAAGAUGUGAAGAGAGCAGUGAAGAGACUGUUAGCUGUCAAAAUGCCAGCAAUGCCUUGA